UUCAUGUUGGUUUCUAUGUGGGAGGGAGUCUUGUUAUUGGAAUCACCGAAAAUUGACGUAAAACUUCCUCUUCUACCUACAUAUCAUACGAAGUAGAGAAAAUUCUUUUCAAAAUAUCAAAUCAAAAGCCAUGAACCCAUUUGCUAAACAUUUUUAGUUAAAUUCCAUUAAUUUUUAAUUUUCAAUAAAUUGUCAUUGAUUGUACUCCGAAAUUAAGUUUGCAAAGAAACAUGAUUAAACUAUCGACUCGACGAUUUGCAGUAGUUUUAUUUUUUCAGUGUUUGAUACUGGUCAUUGAUUUGGCGAUAAAUAGUUUUUCUUACCUCGCUCGCGACCGUAAAUCGACAGUAAUUUUUCUCUUUCUUUUGCAAGACAUUUGUUUGGUGCUCGCCUUUACUGUUCUCCUGUUCAGUCUCUACUCGACAUAUGUGUUUCAAGCUGGUCUCGCUGAACUACUCUACAGCAAAUUCCGUACUUCUCUCAUAGUGUUGGGCAUAUAUUUCAUCUUGACCUUGUCACAUCAUAUCUGGAUUAUUAUCGAUCAUCACAAAACUCCCAACCGACAUGAUUGGUCCACAUCACUUACAACUUUAUUUAUCAUUCAGAGAAUCUUUUCAGCAUUUUAUUAUUACACCUACAAAAGAGCUGCCCUAAAAAUGAGCGACCCACGGUUUUACGAGAAUCUUGAUUGGGUGUCAGAGUUUUUGGCCAUUCGAUAAACACCUUUUUUCUAAACCAAUUAACUUUUUUUUUCAUGUGAUUUUGUUAGUCCUAUUUCCUUUAUUUAUAAUUAAUUAAGUCCGUUUUAAAUCUAUCGCCGAGUUCGUAAGAAAACUGUUGAUUUUGUAAAAGGCACCUGUCUGCAAUAAAGUUUCAGGAUUUGAUUCGUAUGGUUAUUUUGCUGAAGAAGGUGUAUCACAACUGAAGAAGUCAAACUGAAAAAAAACCUUUUCGAACCCACUGAUAGAGUUAAACAAAAGGAUAUAGCAUAAGAAGGAUAAAUUGCUUUAAAUAAUAUUCAACGCAAAUUCAAUUGUAUAAAAAUGUAGAUGGUAUGCAAUUACAACUGAGAUAAAAGCAUAUUUUCGACUCUGAUAUUUACUGGAAGUGAACAAAAAACAAAUACAAAGCAAUUAUUCGAUUUGAAUGAAAUAAAUAUUUUUUGGCUAAACAUAUUCAACAAUAAAUAGGCCAAAUAGAAAAGUG